GUAAAAUUGGUGUUCAUUUCAGGUGUGACUCGGAUUAUAGCAAUUUCUGUCGGAACUUUCGUUGGUGGAUAUCUUACGUCCAAAAAGAAGCUUUCACCGCUAGGAUGUGGAAGAUUAAUCGUUAUUCUGUCAUUAUUUACCCUUGUACACUACUUGAUACAAAUGUUUCUGGGUUGUCCGACUCCAAAAAUAGUUGGAUAUGGCAGAAAUUCAAGCAAUUCAUCUGAUAUCUGUUCAAGUAAUUGCAACUGCAAUUCUGAGGACUAUUUUCCUGUGUGCGGUUCGGAUAACAAGAACUACUUUUCACCUUGUCAUGCCGGUUGUUCAAGUAUAUCCACAUUGCAGGGAUUUACGAACUGUACAUGUAUCGGUCCAACAGCGACAGCUAAACCAGGUUUGUGUUCCACUGAGUGUCCAAUGUUGGUGCCAUAUCUUGUUGUUACCUGUGUGUUUAGUUUGGUCGAAUCAUUAGUUAUUAUGCCAAGUCUCAUAUUCAUGUUGAGAUCAGUCAAAGAAAAUCAGAAAGGAAUAGCUAUAGCAUUUUUCGCAUUUAUUUCAACUUUAUUGGGUUGGUUCUUAGGGCCUGUUAUCUUUGGAGAAAUUAUUGACAUGUGUUGCAAAAUAUGGAGCUCUCGGUGUGGAGUAAAGGGAUCAUGCGCGUUGUACAACAAUGUGAACUUCCGAUAUGCCAUCUAUGGUUUCAGUCUCAUUCUGAGAUGCAUUGUUCUAAUGAUAGAAAUCGUAGCUUACUUAAUUGCAAGAAAGAAAACAGAUUGGAGUAUUGGAGAAACAAGACGUGAAAGUAAAAUCGACAUGCCUGAAAAACAAAGUUUCAUCGUUGAUGAAAGGUAUACCAAUGAAAACAAUAGUUACAUGGAGACAUUUUUAAAGGAUACGGAAUUUAAGGAAACAAAAAUUUUAAGUUAAUUUAAUCGAAUUACAAAAUACAAUAUCUAUACAUACGUGAACUCUUAUGUAAACGUUUAAUCAUCCUACGAUAUUUUAUAAGAAUUCUAACGUAACAUGCAUAAUGAUAUUAAAGAUCUGCGUCCCUCUU